AAAAGAGUCCUGAGGAUUGAACGGGAAUGUAUAUGUAUACAAACGCAGGCGCGAUAUUCAAUUUCUUAGAUGGAGGGCGCUCCAACAAAAAUCGAUUAAUCGAUCAUUUGACACUCGUUUCCGUUAAAAUUAAUAGAAACAAAAAUCGACGCUACGACGAUUCGCACUUUAUUUGUUAUCUAAAAUUGUUGUCUAAUUAUUCGGUAGUUCAAUGUUUUAUUCAACUGAACUACUUUCUCUCAGAAGAAAAGGCAAAUUGGCACGAUGCUGGUUAGCCGCAAUCUUUAGUGAAAAGAUGUUUAAAAGAACUUGUAAGCCAGUGCUCAUUAAAAAAAUUAACGUAGCCCUUAUUUGCGAGGAAAUUUUAACAACAAUUGAAAUACGAAAUGGAAGAAAUUAUGGCAGAUUUAGUCUCUAUCUUUCUUCGCAAUUAAUGUACGGCGCUGCGAAAAUACUUUUUUACCAGACAAAAUAUUUUCAAGAUUAUUUAUUUGAAAUAAAGUGGAAACUAUAUGAAAUCAAAAGGUAUGGAACAGAAUUUAACGGGAUAACAACUUUAGAAAUGCCAGAUGUCCCUCCCAUAAACGAAGUUUUUCGGAAUUUAGAAAUGUCAUCAAAUUUACAUUUGAUCACAGAGGAACCAUAUACUUCUGCUAUAGAACAUUUGAUGCAAGAUGAAAUGAAUUUCGGAAUACUACCUCAACAUGAUUUAGAAAAAUUCAUCUUAGGUGUGGAAGAUCUACCCUUAGACGAAAUACGAAGAUUUCAUUGGGAUCAAUCAGCAGAAAUUCCUGGAGAAUCGAUACAGGUUCCUUUAGUUGAUGUUAACAAAUUUGAAGUUGACACAAUUGAAACUGAAAAGGAAACACGAGUAGCAUCCGCUGGAAGUGAUCAACGUAAAUCUUUGGUUGUUUCUAAAGAUUUUCACAUUAAAAAGCCUACAGUUUCUAGGAAAAGAACUUUAAGUUCUCCAACAGAAACUCCUACAAAAAGAAGCAAGAUAGAAGAAAAUUUACCACCUAUGCUUCCAAUUGAGCCAUUAGCUGAACCUUUAGCUGAACCAGCACCAAUGACUGAAGUUUUACCUCCACCUGAAUUACCAUCUGAAUUACAACAAGAAGGUAUAUCUAAGGUUCUUGAAGUUACAGAAUUACCAGAAGUAACAAGAUCAAGAAAAAAAAGAAAACUUUUCGACAGACAGAUUAAAUUAUCUGAUACUCUUAUGCGAAAGUAUAUCCAGAAUGUUACAGCUCAUACCAUAAAGGAACAGCCUUGGUUUAUGCCUACUUUACCAUCAGCAAAAGAAUAUCUAAGGCAACCAUCAACAAAAAUUUUCAAUAAAUUAUGGGGAGAAACGUUAACUAAAUUUUUUAGUCAAUAUUUUAUCAAACCUUUAGCGCAAACGGUUCAAGAUGAAUUUCAAGAUAUUUUUUUUGAAAUAGAACGAACAAUAGCUGGAGAAACCAUUCGCGUGGACGUUUUAAGUAGAACAGACGAAUUAACAGAGAAAACUUAUAUAAGAAAAAAUAUGACUACUACGUAUGAAAUGAUUGAUCCAUCUAAAAUGUCAGAACAGAUACUUUCAACAGAAAAUCUUGAAAGAAAAGAAUUAGAAGAGAAAAAAAAAGAAACGAAAGAGUCUGAGGAAGCUUUAAUACCUGAUCUUCCUGAAAUUACAGAUUUUGAAGAAAAAAUAGAAAAAUCAUCCGACGAGAAGAAAACAAAAUCCAGUUCUUCCUCAGAGUCAAAGACGUGUUUAACCAAAAAAGAAUUGUUAGUAUUAAUAGAAAUUCAUUGGCGUAAUAGCACAUUAAUAAAAUUUUAUACUUUAAUUUCGUCAAAAAAUUAUAAUAAACUUGAUGCUGCAACCGCAUUUCGAUAUUGUUUAGAAUUUCAUGCAGAAAAAAUUUUAAUUCUGAAACAAGCUGAACCUUAUGAUACAAUUUGGAUAGAGAAAUAUCCUUAUUAUAUUUCAAAAAGUGGCAGUGACAUUGAUACAGCAUAAUAAUUAUUUAUUAUGAUUAAUUAUAAUUAAUCAUAUAAAAGAUGCCACAUAGUAAAAUAUUUAUCAUAUAAAUUUAUUUUUAUAAAACAAAUAUACAAUAAAUUGUGUAUAAUAUUAUGUAUUUAACAUGUGGUAUACAUAUAACACAAGCAUUUAUUACUACAAAUUGUUUUUAAAAUAGAAUUUACUUGAAU